AUGUCUCAAAACAUUCAAAAAGAAAAAACAAAACAACGCUGGGAAGCCUGGAUAAGAAAUUCAAUCAAAUCACUAUUAGAGGAUGAUACAAUUUGCAUUACAAAAGCUGACAAAGGAAAUUCUGUUGUCAUAAUGGACAGAAACAAAUACAUGGAAAAAAUGUCAUCCAUGAUUGUAACAGGUCCAUAUACAAUUUUAAAUCAUGAUCCAACUCCACUAUAUGCCAAAUUAGUAGCUGAAAAGUGCCACAAACUGACGGAACUCAAACUUCUCCCAGAACAUCUAUUGGAAAAAACCCCAAGGUCACCAAUCAUCUAUGGAGCCCCAAAGGUUCACAAGAAAGACAUCCCUUUACGUCCAGUUGUUGAUUACCGAAACUCUCCAACCUACAAAUUGUCUAAAUACCUAGCAAACAUUCUAACAAAAGUCGCUUCCAAACAUGAGUUCUCCAUAAAAAACUCGACAGAAUUUGUUGAAGAACUAAAGAAAACGAGAUCUCGACCUGGAGAUAAGAAAGUAUCUUUCGAUGUCACUUCACUGUUUACAAUGGUUCCAAUUCCAGAGACUCUUGAAUACAUCAAACAGAGAUUAGAAGAAUAUCCAGAUCUAAAAAAAUUGACCUCAUUACCCAUCAAUGAUAUCAUGUCUCUCCUAGAAUUAUGCACAACCUCUUCAUAUUUCCAGUUCCAAAACCAAUACUACAAGCAGAACUAUGGUACUGCGAUGGGAUCACCACUAUCUCCAAUAAUAGCAGAAUUUUUUCUACAAAAACUGGAGUUAACCAAAAUUAAGAAUAACCGGUUUAUCUACUUUUGGAGACGCUACGUGGAUGACGUACUGUGCAUAGCCAGAGGAAGAAAUCAAGAUAAAAUACUAAGAGAUAUUAAUAGUUUUCAUCCUUCUAUUCAAUUCACAGUAGAAGAAGAAAUUGACGGAAAAAUACCCCAACAACAAAAAAGAUGA